AUGACAAGACAGCGCCUCAGCCUCCUAACCCCCCUGGCUCUGCUGGGACUCCUCGUGGGGCUUGCAGACCUCAGCCAUGGCUCUACCGGUGAGGAUGAGGAUUACUACAUGCAGGAGCUGCUGACGAGAGAGCAGUACAACCAGGUCCAAGUGCUGGAGAAGCCUGUGGCCUCAAUACCUGAAAGGCAUGAACACCAGAGCCAAACCCUUGGCAAGAAAGCACCCAAGGGAAAGACAGUCAGCAGCAGGCAGACGGAUAAAACCACAGCUGAUGCAAAAUCAGUGAAAGCAGCCAACAAAAAGGCAGAGAAGAGCAAGAAGAGCGCCUUGAAAACUCCAAACAGCAUCUCAGAGGGAGAAGGACAAUACAACUCGUUAAUAGAGGAUUGCCCUCCCAUGGGACUGGAGACAUUGAAGAUUGAUGAUUUCCAGCUUCAUGCUUCAACUACGAAACGCUACGGCCUUGGUGCACACAGAGGUCGACUUAACAUUCAGGCCGGCCUUUAUGAAGAUGACCUCUACGACGGGGCCUGGUGUGCUGGGAGGGACGACCCGCUGCAGUGGUUCGAGGUGGACGCCAGGAGGCUGACAAAGUUCACGGGGGUCGUCACACAAGGCAGAAGCUCCCUCUGGUCGAGCGACUGGGUGACCUCGUAUAAGGUCAUGGUGAGCAAUGACAGUCACACCUGGAUAACACUGAAGAACGGCUCCAAAGACUUGAUCUUCUUUGGCAACAGAGAAAAGGAAAUCCCGGUCCGGAAUAUCUUCCCGACGCCUGUGGUCGGCAGAUACAUCCGGGUCAACCCUCGCUCUUGGUUUCCCAGCGGCAACAUCUGCAUGAGAGUGGAGAUCCUUGGCUGUCCUAUGCCAGAUCCAAAUAAUUAUUACCACAGACGCAAUGAAGUCAUAACAACAGACGACUUGGACUUCAGACACCACAGCUACAAAGAAAUGAGGCAGCUCAUGAAGGUGGUUAAUGAAAUGUGCCCCAACAUCACCCGGAUCUAUAACAUAGGAAAGAGCCACAGUGGCCUUAAGCUGUAUGCCAUAGAGAUCUCUGACAACCCAGGAGAGCACGAAGUUGGUGAACCAGAGUUUCGGUACACAGCAGGUUCCCAUGGCAACGAGGUGCUGGGACGAGAGCUGCUCCUCCUGCUGAUGCAGUUCAUGUGUCUGGAGUAUCUGUCCGGCAACCAGCGGAUACGUCACCUGGUGGAGGAGACCAGGAUCCAUCUACUGCCAUCUGUCAACCCCGAUGGGUACGAGAAAGCCUUUGAAGUGGGUUCAGAGCUCAGCGGCUGGUCUCUGGGUCGAUGGAGCAACGAUGGAAUAGACAUUCAUCAUAACUUCCCCGAUCUCAACUCCAUCCUGUGGGAGGCAGAGGCCAAGAAGUGGAUCCCUCGCAAAAUGUUCAACCACCAUGUGCCUGUCCCAGAGUGGUACCUGUCCAAAAACGCCUCAGUUGCUGUGGAGACGCGGGCUCUCAUAGCAUGGAUGGAGAAGAUGCCCUUUGUGCUGGGCGGUAACAUCCAGGGAGGGGAGCUGGUGGUGACCUUCCCUUAUGACAAAACUCGGUCCCAAGGGGUGGCCAGGGAGCAGACCCCGACCCCGGAUGACCACGUCUUCCGCUGGCUGGCCUUCUCCUACGCCUCCACCCACCGCCUGAUGACAGCCGCCAACCGGAGGGUCUGCCACACAGAAGAUUUCGCCAAAGAGGACGGCACCAUCAACGGAGCAUCCUGGCAUACCGCGGCUGGCAGUAUGAAUGAUUUCAGCUAUUUGCACACCAACUGCUUCGAAUUGUCGAUGUAUGUGGGUUGUGACAAAUUCCCUCAUGAGAGCGAGCUGCCUGAGGAGUGGGAGAACAAUCGCGAGUCUCUUCUUGUCUUCAUGGAGCAGGUGCAUCGUGGGAUCAAAGGUGUGGUGAGGGACCUGCAGGGUCGCGGAAUAGCUAACGCCGUCAUCUCCGUGGAGGGCAUCGGCCAUGACAUCCGCACAGCUGCUGAUGGGGAUUACUGGCGCUUGUUGAACCCCGGGGAGUACAGAGUAACGGCCCGGGCCGACGGCUACAGCCUCAGCAGCAAGAAGUGCGAGGUCGGCUACGAGAUGGGCGCCACCACCUGCAACUUCAUCAUCGGUCGCACCAACCUGUCACGAAUCAAAGAGAUAAUGGAAAAAUUCAACAAGCAGCCGAUCAGAUUGCCCGUCAGGCAGCUCCAAGCUCGAAGGUCCAGAGCGAGACGCCUGGGAACAUAAUGACUAUACGAGGAAGAAUUAAAAACAAAUAUCUGCUCUGAUCGGACUGGGGUCAGAUCCAUGUCCAGGUUUGGACCUGAGUCAGAUUCUUGCAGAGUGCUGUCAGAGGAAUUAAUGUUUGAAGAUUGAAAAUGUGGAUUAAUUUAAACGGGAUGUUUUAUUUGUGUGUGUUUUUUCUCUUUUUGGUUUUGUUUCCUCCCCAGGCAUAAGCUCUCUCUGUGUUCACUGUUAUCAUCUCACACUAUUUCAUUCCGUCAAAGUUUAUGUUUAUGACCCCCACUUUUUCAAUGUAUAUUAUAUUAUUAUUAAGACACCUUCCAUCAUUCCUUGUGACAUCAACUGACAGAAUACAAUCACAUUAUUUUUUUAAAUAAAAUAAAUAUAAGUAACAGAUGAGGAAAUCUGCCUUAGCGUCUAAUUUUAACCACUGUGAUGAAUGGCCAUGACUGUCAUUAUGUACAUACUUAUUAACUUAUGUAACACAGUUAUGUAAACCAUUACAAAAGCUUUAUUAUCUGCACUUGUACAAUUUUCAGUACUUUACAAAAAACUUGUGGACUCGGUGACUUGUGGACUCGGUGACCUUUUGUGUGUCAUUGAUUUAGUUUUUUAAACACUUUGCUUUUGGCAAAUUAUUAAAUAAAGACUAUGUUUGC